AUGCCUGACAAGCCGGCCACUGUAGUCGCAUAUGCGGCUGGCGCUUCUCUUGCUGCAAUUGCGGCAUUCUACGUCUUCGGGCCCACCUUCUUCAUCGACGGCGAGAAUUCCUACAAUACCAAUGAUGGCCGCAAACGCACAAUUAUUGGCUUGUCCAAUCCGGCCAACGAUUGCUUCAUUAACUCGGUACUGCAGGCGCUUGCUGGACUCGGCGAUCUCAGGCUCUACCUGAUCAAGGAAUUGCACAGGAGACAGCUUGAUGGACCCGAGAUUUAUGACUCCGUCCCCCCGGUACUGCGCAAGGGUGAAAAUGCCGAUAAAAUAGUGGGAUUACAAAAAGGGCCGGUCACUAAGGCGUUGAAGGAGAUGCUGGAUGCUUUAAAUGAGCGUCCCAUAUACAAGAAGACCAUCAGUGCAAGACCCAUGAUAGAGGCGUUGGAGAGAGCAUUCAAUACACGGAUUAGCCGGAACCAGCAGGAUGCGCAGGAAUUCCUACAGAUUGUGCUCGAACGGCUCUGCGACGAAUACCACGCCGCACAGCGGGCGCGGCUUAGGUUUGCAAACCCAGGGCAGAUCGAAGACUCUUCUACUGCAGAUUCAAACCCUUCUCCUAUGACUCCAGCAUCGACCCAGGUCACGAUUGGAGCUCGUGAAGGUUUUCCCUUCGAGGGCCGGAUCGAAUCCCAUAUUCAAUGCCAGCGCUGCGGCUUUCGGACAAAACCGACUGUCACAACUUUUGUUUCCCUGACCUUGAAUGUCCCUCAGAAGAGCGCCACUUCUUUAGACAAUUGUUUCGAUAUCCUCCUCAAAAGCGAAGAAAUUGACGAUUUUAAAUGCGACAAAUGCCGGCUGACGCAUGCUCUAGAAUGGAAUAAUUCUACGCUGUCGUCAACCCCAAGGGACAAGGACCGGGAAGUGCUGGAAAAAGACAUUGGUCUUAUCGAGCAGGCGCUUCGGGAUGAUCCAGAGAAGGCUCCCGAGGGUGUUGCCUUGCCUGACACGAGCCUGGCACCGAAGAGUAAGAUCAAAAAGUCGACCCGCAUCACAGUAUUCCCCAAAGUGAUCGCUAUUCAUCUGUCUCGGUCGGUCUUCGAUCCAGGCAGCUAUUCCACCAAAAACAUGGCCAAAGUGUCAUAUACGCAGAGAUUACGUCUGGGAGGGCUCUUAAACGAACACUGGUAUAAACUCUUGGGAGUGGUAUGUCACAAAGGCAGCCAUCACAGCGGACACUACGAAUCCUUCCGGAGAAAUCAUGUGUACGCUCCCUUCGCUACCCCUGACCCUUUCAGUGCAUACGCUAUUGCAAGUCGCUACACCAGUUUGGUUCCGUCAGCCACGCCGAGUCCAACUAUGGAGGCCACACAUGGUAACGGUCUAAAUGGGUCCGCCGCGCCUACCACUGGGAAUUCAACAACGUCAUUGUCGACAGCCUCGCUAUCGACUGGGCACAGCAGACCAAACUCUAACGGGAUAGAUAGCAAGGAUGCCCGUCCGUCUACGCAAGAAGACAGCGUCAUGUCGCCAGUACAAAGAACGGAUACCCAGGUGUCGAAACAGAUUAGAACACAGGAUCCAAUACCAGGCAAGUUCCGGCGACGGAAAAAAUCCAAUGAUCGAUGGUGGCGCAUAUCGGACGACAAAAUCAAGGAAGCACGCCUGUCGGAUGUGCUCUCAAUGCAGCGCGAGGUCUACUUGCUUUUCUAUGAGCUCGAGCGGCCUGGCGACGAUGCUUCCACCUAA